AUGGAUUCGUUGAUCCCAUUCACUACUUCUGGAGCCUUAGUAGAUUGCGUGGACAGAAAGAUGCUUGUGGUUCUUCGAGACGGUCGAAAAUUACAUGGUGUAUUGCGCUCCUAUGAUCAGUUCGCAAAUCUGGUUCUCGAAGAUACUGUAGAGCGAAUAUACCACGGUAAUGCAUUUGCCGAACACUGGCACGGCCUAUUUUUGAUUAGGGGUGAGAACGUGGUGCUGUUGGGUGAAAUUGACCUCGAUCAGGAGGACGACAUCCCAUUACGACAGGUUGAUUAUAAUGUGCUCGAUCCAUAUCAUAAAAUGGACAUUGCUGAUAGGAAAGGUCGAGAAGAUUUCAAGGCUAGGGUGUUGUAUGAACAAAAGGGGUUUUGCAAGGAAGGAGGGGAGGGUGAUGGUUAUUGA